UUUUAUCCAAUCCAAAGUAGUAACUAAUUUUUGACACUUUUAUUUCCUUAUCUUACCGUUCACGGAAAAAUAUUUUGGGCUUGUAAACGAAAGUGGAUUUUUAUGCUUAAAAAAAUCAUCAUACCAUUGAUACCGUUAAAAAAUUGUUAAGUUGUAAUUAAAAAAGUACAUUCACAAAUUGGUUGAAGUAUGUAUAUAAUUGUGUAAAAAGUUGGUAUGCUUGCCGUGGAGUUGGCAACCAAAUUAUAUUCAUACUCUUCGAGAAUACGUAUUGCCAAAGCUUCCUCAAAAUAGAAAGGUAAUGUAUGUACAUAUAUAAUUCUGGACGAAUAUCUAAAUCGCACAAGCGUGGUAAUGCAUAUGCAAUUGAUAACAAUGUGUAAUAAAAAGUAUCAAUGACGCGCAAGGAGAACUGCAGCGGAAACUUUACCUAUCUACAUAAUUACAUAUUUGUAUAAAUGUUUGUCUGCGAAGGGUGGUUUCCCCAACCUUGAUAGUUGCUAACAGCAACAUAGACAACGAGAAUAUUUAAUAGCAGUGGCGAAAAUCGCAUACUACAACGGUAUAGGCAAGGCGGGAGCGCAGUGGCCUGGCUUAGGUGAUAAGAAAAAUAUGUAUGUGAAUGAACUCUCGUGAAUACACAAAAAAAAAGUAAUAAAUUUAGCUGAAGUAGGACAAUAUUACUUAUGCAAAUAACCAUAGAUACAGUGCCGGUAAAAAAAUAGCACUAGUGCUAUGAACUUUUCAUUCUGAUUUGAAAAAUCUGGAUGCAUCAUAAUUUUCAGGCUUAGAUAAAUCACAGUUUCCGAAACAAUUGUUAACGCAAACGGCAACACAAUAUUAGCAUACGCACAUUCUCGGAUGGUCUGAGCUUACCAAUUACAUAUAUCCCCCAUAAGGAUGGCUGGUGGCGCUGCUUCUAUAUCACAUUGUGGCCCUGAAAACCGUCCUAACUCUACAUGUGCGGUUUGUGCCUCAACCACAUAUUCACGAAAUGCCAAUAGUGAUAAUUUUAUGCAAAUCAUUCAUUCUGAGGCACUGAUGAAGGGUCUCAAUGCGUUGCGUUGUGCAGAAAAGCUAUUUGAUGUUACCCUGCACGUUGAAGAACGAACAUUCAAGGCACAUAAGGUUGUUUUGGCUGCGUGCAGUGAUUACUUCUGCGCUAUGUUCACUGACGCUAUGCGUGAAGCACACCAGUCUGAAAUAAAAUUAAAUGGCAUAAAUGCGCAUGGUCUAGAGUUGCUGUUAGAAUAUGUAUAUACUUCAAAACUGGAGCUAGAUCGUAAUAAUGUGCAAGAUGUUUUGUCUGUGUCGACACAUGUCCAGAUGAAGGCCGCUAUUGACGCCUGUUCACAUUUUCUUGAGUCACAAAUUGACUUGGACAACUGCGUUGCGAUUGCUGCUCUCGCCGACUUGUACUCACUAGAACCGUUGAAAAAGAAAGCUUAUCGGUACAUGUGUUCACGCCUCGAUGAAUUUUCGCAGACUCCCGAUUUACUUAGCCUCACAUUAGACCAAUUCGAGCAUGUACUCGCAUGUAAUUAUCCUGUGGAUUGCUCGGAACAGAGAGUGCUUGAAAUGGUUUUGGAAUACUGUUUGGAGUCUGAUCUAAAACCGGAAUUGGCGCGACGUCUUUUCGGAAAAGUACAGUACCAUCAAAUUAGUGCAUGUGCUCUAGAUGUCAUGAAGACCAAAUGGAAUACAAAACUUAAGUCCGGCAUUGAUUCAAUUUUCUUGGCCUACUUUCGGGUGUUAAAUGAAGAAAUGUUAAAACAGGAGGUUGGAAAGUUGCAUUUAUCUGACACCUAUGUCGAUGACUUACUCUCGACGGACGUGUUAACGAAUACGCGAGGAAUGGAACUCGCCCUGGUUAAAAUAGGUGGCUUUGAGACAAAUGGCCUAACUAAUCGGAUAAGCUGUUUUCUACCUUCCAAAGGCAAAUGGGAGAGUCUUACCGUUAUACCGCACAUCGAACAAUGUACGUAAGCGUAAAAAUUGUAUCUGUUGU